ACUCCUCCCAUCCUGGUCCCCCCAAGACCCAGAAGUAACAGAAAUGCCGAGAGAAAAAGGAGCAUCAUAUUGAAGGAACUUCACUUUCAAAGCUAUUAGAUAUGCCAAUAGCUUGUCUUUCAAACCUCAAGCAAGCACAAGAGAGGAUCUUAACAACACACAAAUGUUUAGCAUGGAUUACAAGUCCGAGGGUAAAAGGAAGCAGCGGCAUAGCUUGAAUUUACUGGAUCAAAUAAAAAGUAUGAAAGAUUUAUCGGAAAUGAUUGAUGUGGUUUUGGUGGCUGAAGGUGAAAAGUUCCCUUGCCACAAACUGAUGCUGUCUGCUUUCAGCCCCUACUUCAAAGCAAUGUUUACCUGCGGCCUGAUUGAAUGCACACAGAAAGAAGUGGCGCUGCAUGACGUGUCAGCAGAGAGUGUGUCCAUACUUCUCCAGUACAUGUACACGGCUGAGCUGCACCUCACUAAUUCCAACGUACAGGGUGUGGCCACCACUGCAUUUUUCAUGCAGAUGGAUGACGUUUCCAGCAUGUGUCAGGCAUACAUGAUGGAGCACAUGGAUGCUUCCAACUGCGUGGGAAUCCAUUACUUUGCUAAGCACAUUGGGGCCGAAGAGCUGUCCGAUCAAGCCAGGAGGUAUUUGUACCUGCACUUUGCAGAGGUGAGCCUGCAUGAAGAAAUACUGGAGGUUGAAAUGCAGCAGUUGCUAAAUCUGAUAAGAUCAGAUGAUCUGAAUGUGUCCAGGGAAGAGAGCAUCUUGGACUUAGUCCUCAGAUGGGUUAACCACAGCAGGAAAUUGCGAGCAGAUCACCUCUCUGAGCUCCUGAAGCAAGUCAGGCUGGUGCUCAUAAGCCCUUCGUUCCUAGUCGAAGCUCGGAAAAGAAACACGGUGCUUCUCAGUAAUGCACUGUGUAGUGAGAUGAUUGAGAGAGCAUUAGAAACUAUCAGGAAAACCAACCAACCUUCUCUCACCCUUCGCUAUGGCAUGGAGACCACUACCCUUCUGCUUUGCAUUGGCAAUAACUCGCAGGGCAUCAGAUCAAGACACGGUAACUACGGCGAUGCCAGUUUCUGUUAUGCUCCUAUUACACAAAAGACGUACUUCAUUCCCUCUCCGAAAUAUGGAGAAGGCUUGGGAUGCGUAUGCACCGGUGUGGUUACUGAGAAUAAUGAUAUCAUUGUGGCCGGGGAGGCAAGCGCUGCCAAAAUGUCUAGGCAAAAGACCAAGAAAAUUGAAAUUUAUAGGUACAACAGUCGGGGGAACCACUCUUGGCAAAGUCUGUGUACUGCAGAGUUUCGUGAGCUCUAUGCUCUAGGCACCAUCCAUAAUGACCUAUAUGUCACAGGAGGUCAGAUGAAACUGAAAAACCAAUACCAUAUCACAAACUGUGUGGGGAAGUACUCAAUGGAGCAAGAAAACUGGAGGGCCUUGGCUCCCCUCCCAGUGCCCUUGGCCUGCCAUGCUGCAGUAACCGUGAAAAACAGGCUGUACGUGAUGGGAGGUUGGACACCGCAGAUGGAUCUUCCUGACGAUGAGCCUGAUCGAUUAAGCAACAGAAUGUUGCGCUAUGACCCAGGCCAAGACAAAUGGACAGAGUGCCCGCCAAUGAAGUACUCGAAAUACCGCUUCAGCACAGCUGUAGUCAACAAUGAGAUUUAUGUCCUGGGUGGGAUUGGCUGUCUUGGUCAAGACAGAGGACAGUCACGGCAAUGUCUUGAUGCAGUGGAGAUCUAUAACCCUGAAAGGAAUUUUUGGAGAGAUGGUCCUCCCAUGCCCUAUCCUCUUCUCUCCUUGAGAACUAAUUCUACCUCUGCUGGUGCCGUGGAACGGAAGCUCUAUGUCUGUGGGGGAUUUCGUGGAGCAGCUCGGCAUGAAGUUAUCACCAAAGAGAUCUUAGAGCUGGACACCUGGGAAAAUCAGUGGAAUGUUGUGGCUGUCAACGUCCUCAUGCAUGAUAGCUAUGAUGUCUGUCUUGUUGCUCAGCUGAACCCACGGGAUAUCAUUCCUCCUCCUCCUGAUUUAGUGGAGUAAUAGGCAUGCCGGUUUCCCUUGUAGUUGAUAUGUGGAGCUUAGAACAGAGACUUUCAUAUAAAUGGCCAGCAAUGUCUCCUGGACACCUAAGAAUGCCAGGACAACUGUUAGUUAAAGCAUCUGGAGUGAAUGCAAGCAUUUGCAGUCGCUUAAAGAAUCAAGAAAACAUUUGCACAUUCAGAAAUCACAAUUUAGAAUUCUAUACUGACAU